AUGGCAGCCGCGGGCAAGAUCCCGCAACCUAAGCGGCUUUUACUGCCCUGCUAUUUGCUCGGACAUCCCCAAAACAAAGCAUUCUUCUGCAGGAAAGAGAUCCUCGAUCAACUCAACGAUGCAUUGUCGCCCCGGGCAGGAGCGGGUUUGGCAGUUGACGGCCAAGAGCACCUCCGGUCAAGUCCUCGAAAGACUUUUGUCAUCUGCGGCAUGGGAGGGAUGGGCAAGACAGAGAUCGCUGUCGAGUACGCUCAUUCCCACAGAGCCGAUUUUGAUGCCGUCCUGUGGGUGAACGGUGCCAGUGAAGAAAAGCUCAAUGCCGGCUUCCGCGACAUUGCUGUCAAGCUCGGCCUCCAAGAUGAGACUGAUCCUCGCGACGACCCCAUUGCAACGCGGGAGAUUGUCAAGGCCUGGCUGUCGAAACCUGUCCGUGUCCAGUAUCCAGGACCACAGGAGCAGGAACCAGAUGUCAAGUGGCUCCUGGUUUUCGACAAUGCCGAUGACCCAGAUCUGCUGACCGACUUUUGGCCGCACGACAGAGUCGGAUCGAUCCUAGUGACGAGUAGGAACCCGCUGGUAAAGACCGGCAUUUUUGGCGAGCUUGCCGGUGUUGACCUGCCACCCAUGCCGAUUGAUGAAGCAAGUCGACUCUUGCAAAAGCUUUCCCUCCGAGAAUCCGAGCCGGACGGCCUCGAAACAUGCACGACAAUCGCGCGCCGAUGGCCUAUGGCAAUUCGCCUCAAGAAGCUGUCCCUCAAGGAGUUUCUGGAGCGCUACGACAAAGAUGCGAAGUCAUUCCAGGAACUUCCCGUUCCGGGUCUCACAAAGGACCAGACCAUCGCCUCGACGUGGAACAUUGAGAGCCUUCCAUCGCCUGCGAGAGCACUGCUCAGAGUGCUUUCCGUCCUCGAUCCGGAUGCGAUUCCUGAGGACAUUCUGACGACAGGUGUCAGCGGAGUUGACCUGGAGCACUAUCCGAAGACAGAAAAGGAGUACAUCGAUGCGCGGGAGGAGCUCCUCAAAUCAUCGCUCGUUUCCUGGAACAGAGACCUUGGCUUCCUCAAAAUCCACCGGCUGGUUCAGGACGUCGUGCGGGAGAAGAUGUCCUUGGACGAACUACGUGCUGCGUACAACGCAGCCGUGACCUUGGUCUCCGCAGUGUGGCCUUUCCUGGACGACUCGAAUCUCAACAAGGUCGACCGUAUGCGGAAAGUACAGCGAUGCCUACCCCAGGUGGCGGCGCUCAAGGCUGUGCUCCAGGAGAAAACGCCCAGCGUCCUGCAGCCCGACAUCAAAAUCAGCGCGUUGUUGAACGAGACAUCUUGGUAUUACAUUCUCCAGCCUUCCGGAUACGGCCUACGCGAUGGAGAGGAGUUUGCGGUUCUCUCGGAGCGAGUGCUUGAUAGCUUCGCCGGCGAGAAAGACGAGGAGCACUGGACCAAGCUGCUUGCCGACAGCUAUCGAUAUCAGGGCAUUACGGGCACAUACAAGAACAGCCCGGCCGCCGUUACCAACUGCAAGAAGUGGCUUAGUGUUCUCGUCGACCGGAUCGAGAAGUACGGCGACCAAGCAGACGUCAAGACUUUGCCAAUCGCCUACAAUGAAAUCGGAAUGGCACUCAUGCGAGUCCCCGAUUUGGAGGAGGCCAAAAAGUCCUGGAUUAUGUCGUGCGAAACCUUGGAAAAAGUCACGGACCCCGGCGAGCUCGUCUUCCCCUUCCCGUGGGUGCAUCGGGCGCUUGUUGCAGCCUACUAUUCGGAGGAUCUGGACUCAGCCGAGUCGUUGAUAGCGCCUAUCCUGAAGAAGCGUGAGGAGAAGCUCGGCGUUGACGACACAACUACCAUAGAGACCGGCUUGAUUCUUGCGUUCAUGGGAAACAUACGACGGCUCCAGGGCAAGGCAGACGAGGCUUACGAGUUUCGCAAACGAGCGGUCUCGGUGCUCAAAGUCACCUGCGGAGAAAACUCGGUGCAGGCUAGUAUGGCUUACUACCGGCUCGCUGUCGACGAAUUUGAGCGAGGAGGCUUCGAAAAAUCCUGCUCUUUACUUGCAAAAUGCGCAUCGUUCUACGGCGAGAUCCCCUGGUACAAACCUGAAGCAGCGCGCUCUGCAUGGAAGCACGGCCGGGCGCUCCAGGCGAUGGGGGGCAGCGAAAACCAGGUCGAGGCCAGGAAGCUGCUAGAUGAGGCCAUGAGGUUGCGGCAUGAGCUCGUCCCCGACGAUGGGCGUCCGGAGCCCGAACUGGUGGACGAUGACUGGGAUAGGCUGGUGUACUACUUCUUUCGCUGA